GUGAUGCGUUCAUCCCCACCAAAUGGAGGGCAGCGAUUUUAUACCAUUGUAGUGAUUGGAUUUGGAUUUGGGCCAUUUGGCCAGCACUCCAGAUGCAAUAGAAAAUGAACAGUAUCAAUGGUUGACUUACUUUCUCUUCUUCAUAAAUCUUCUUUUUCCUCAGAACGGGUUCCUGACUCUUCAGUUCCUGCUCUUGUUGCCAAGGAAAUCGCAGAUGGCAGAGGAAACCAAUUUCCACAUAUCCAUAGAAACCUUCGUAUUCUUCUUUGUCAUCUUGUUCCCGGGUUUCCAUGGAUUCGAUUCAUUAGAAGAAUUCUCCUUACUUGUGCUUGAGAACGCCAGCAGGCCAACAGUUGAUGCUGUUCAAAGAAUCAUGAGAAAUCGGGAUCUUCGUUCCUCCCUAAAGGUCUUCCCGGAUUUGAAGGUGAUAAACUACUGGUUCACCAUUAACAUACGAGAUGAUCAACAGCCCCAACCAAGCGAUGACGGAGGGGAUCCCAUCUUGGCAGUAACAGUAAUCACUAUCUCCUCUACUAUCCUCUAUAGCGUCGUGCUCAACCCUUCCAAAAUGAUCGGCGGCUUCGCGACGGCCGGCAGGUUCAGGUUCAGCCUCUACAUCACCUUCAUCGUCAUGAUGUUUGUUUCCCUCAUCCUGGGUUUCUUCCUGUUGCUUUUCUCCGGCAAGCUUGCGGGAACUGACACACGGGGACCGGUUUGGAUGAAGGAGGAUUCACUAGCACAGGCGUCGGUAGCGUCCCUUCUCCUUGCUAUGGCCGUUGGCCUGUGCGCCGUGUUGCCGAAACUGGGCUCCAUCGUGGUGGGCGUGGUCGGCACCUUGGCUGCCUGUCUCGGUGCUGCAGCAGCCGGCCUGGAUUUUGGUGCAAGUGGAGAUGGUCCGAUCGCAGGUCCAAUUUGAAACUGGAUAUCCAGAUCCAUUUCCAAUGAAGCAUACAUGGUGUGUGUUGGCUCUGAUCAUCCUGAGUCUUGUGUUUAAUUUUUCCCCCCUUUUCUGACAGAUUUUCUCAUGUAGAUGCUGAUAUGAUAGGAUAUAUAGGAAUAUGAUAUCACGUGAUAUAUACUAUCAUAAAUAGGGAUCCUCAGUAAGCAAUAGCCUUUUCAAGUGAGAUUCUACAUGUCCCCUGUGGUUAUAUGUAUGCAGCAAGAAUUGCUCUCUUUAAUGGAGAGCGAGUCUGGUGC